GGUCUCAGUCGCUGUGAGAGCCAUACACCUGCACACACACACACAUAACACACACACACACACUCAUAUCAACACUCGCCACACGCCUCCACCUCCUGCACCGUCCCCCUUCAUUCCUCCGCACAUCCCCUACGGUAGUCUGACCGGAUGAGUUACCCGGUGGACACGAUAGGGAGCCCCUUCAGGAGAAGUAUGGAGACUAGGACGACCAGCUACGGCUACAGCCGCUCCGGCGGCACCCCCUCCAGCGGCUUUCGCUCCCAGUCUUGGUCCAGGGCAAGCCCCGGCUCCACCAUGACCACGUCUUACAAGAGGAGCGUGAAUAUUCCGGUAUCCCGAGCUUACAGCUCAACGGUGCUCAGCUCCGCCGACAGCGUUGAUUAUAGUCAAACCUCCAUCCUGAACGGAGACUACAAGCGAUCGAAUGAGAAAGAGCAACUUCAAGGGCUCAACGACCGGUUUGUUGUUUACAUUGAAAAGGUACACUACCUGGAGCAGCAGAACAAGCAGAUCGAGGACGAGAUCCAUGCACUGCGGCAGAAGCAGGUGUCGCGCUCCCAGCUGGGCGACCUCUACGACCAGGAGCUGCAGGAGCUGCGCUCGAUGCUGGAGCAAAUCAACCAUGACAAGGCGCAAAUUCAGCUCGACACCGACCAUAUCGAGGAGGACAUCCAGCGGCUCAGGGACCGCUUUGACGAAGAGGCUCGCAUCCGGGAGGAGUCUGAGGCCAUCAUCCGCGUCCUGAGGAAGGACACGAGCGACUCGGAGUUGGUGAAGUCUGAGUUGGAGAAGAAAGUUCAGUCGCUGCAGGAUGAGAUCGCCUUCAUCCGCAACAACCAUGAGGAAGAGGUGAGCGACCUCAUUGCCCAGAUCCAGGCGUCUCAGGUGACCGUGGAGAGGAAAGAUCUCCAGAAGGCAGACAUCACCGAGGCUCUGCGGGAGAUCCGCUGCGAGCUGGAGGGCCACUCCAACCAGAACCUGCAGCAGGUGGAAAACUGGUUCAUGUGCCGCUACGCCAAGCUCACCGAGGCUGCGGAGCAGAACAAGGACGCCAUAAAGUCCGCCCGUGAUGAGAUAUCCGACUACCGCCGCCAACUGCAGUCCAAGACGGUGGAGUUGGAGUCCGUCCGCGGGACAAGAGACUCAUUGGAGAGGCAGCUGAAUGACAUCGAGGACCGCCACAACAGCGACCUGGCCAGCCUGCAGGAGACAAUUCACCAGCUGGAUAAUGAGCUCAAGAGCACCAAAUGGGAGAUGGCUCGUCACCUGCGCGAGUACCAGGACCUGCUCAAUGUCAAGAUGGCUUUGGACAUUGAGAUUGCUGCAUACAGGAAACUCCUCGAGGGCGAGGAGACCCACUUUAGCACUUUUCCUUAUCGCCAGGCCGUCACCUCUACCAAAAUCUCUAAGCCUAAAUCAGAAGCUCUCAAACUUAAGGUGCAGCACAAGUUUGUGGAGGAGAUCAUCGAGGAGACGAGGGUGGAGGACGAGAAGGCCAACAUUGACGAGGCCCUGGCAGAGAUAGCACAAGAGCUGUCUGCCACACUCGGAGAGGGAGGAGAGGAGGGAGAGGAGGAAGAGGUUGAAGCGGAAGGAGAGGGAGAGGAAGCAGAGGGUGAUGGGGACGAGGGAGAGGCGGAGGGUGAGGGGGAAGAAGUUGUAGCCGCCACUGAAGCCAAAGUUAGCGCUAGCGCACCCACUAAGGAAGAAGAGGAGGAGGAGGAUGAAAAAGGUGGUGAUGAGGAAGAAGAGGGGGAGGGAGAAGGCGGUGAGGAAGGAGAGAAGGAAGAAGAAGGUGAGGGAGAGGAUGAGGGAGAAAAGGGGGAUGAUGCAGAGGGAUGUGAUGAAGGAGAAGGAGAAGAGGGAGGAGAGGAGGAGGAAGUUGAGGAGACAGUAUUGUGCUCCAAAGCUCCAGAGUCUAAAGCCUCUCCUGACAAAGAGAAGGCCGGAGACAAAGAAGGCAGUGGAGGAGAAGAGGAAGCUGGCGCUGAAGAGGAGGGUGGCGAUCAGGAUGAAGAUGCCGGCAGUGACAAAGCAUCCAAAAGCGGAGAUGAGAAAGAGGAAAAAGAGGAUGCAGACAAAGACAAAAAGGAAGAUAGUGAAAAGGACGAGAAGAAGGUAAAAGACGAGAAAGCGGACGACAAAUCAGAAGAAGCUGUAGCCAAGACAGAAGCUCCUAAAGCGGAAGCUGCAAAGCCUGAGGCCAAGAAGGAAGAGGCUGCCAAAACAGAAGCAUCAAAACCUGAUUCUCAAAAGUCUGAAUCACCUAAACCUGAGUCUCCUAAAUCUGAAUCUCCCAAGCCUGCAUCUCCGAAGUCUGAGUCCCCCAAAGAGGGCUCACCAAAGGCUGGAUCCCCAAAACCAAGCUCCCCAAAAGCUGAGUCCCCUAAGUCAGAAUCCCCGAAACCUGAAUCUCCAAAAGCUGAAUCCCCAAAGUCAGAAUCCCCGAAACCUGAAUCUCCAAAAGCUGAAUCCCCAAAGACAGAGACUGCCAAGCCUGAAGCUCCUAAGGCUGCUGAAGAGAAAUCAGAGAAGAAGAGUGACUCAGCAGAAGACAAGGUUGAAAAGAAGGAUGUUGCCAUGAAUGGCGAUCUAGACAAGAGCAGCCCAGAAGAGAAAGAGAAGGACGAGGGGAAAGAAGCCGACGUGAUUGCUAACGGCGUGGACGAGAGCCCUGUCAAGGAAGAUGGCAGCCAGAAAGUGGUGAUCACCAAAACCGUGGAGACCAUCACCACCGGAGAGGACGGAUCCAAGCACGUCACCAAAUCUGUCACUGUGACCGAGACAAUGAAGGAGGUGGAGGAGGUGGAGGAGGUGGUGCAGGAGAAGCUGGUCUCCACCAAGAAGACAGAGAAGCACUCCACCCAGUCCAUCAAGCAGGUGACAGAGGGUGACUGAGCAGACUCCAGACGGCUGAUCCGGCAGAGGAAGAGGAGGGGGCAGAGGCGAGGACACGAAGACAAACAAUCAACCCAGAACUAACAUAACAAAGAAAAUCAUACAGCUAGAGCGAUGUAAUAAUGAUAACCACUCUCAAACAUACGAAACAAAUCAUAGAAAGAAGCCAAAACGUAAAUGCUACAAAUUUCAAAAAUGCAUGUUGAGUGACAGCUUUAUUGGGCUUCGCUGCAGACGCGGUCAGGAGCAAGCGACUGAGACAUUUUAUCCUCUUUUUCUUUCUUUCUGCAGUUCAUGGGUGAGCUCACGGGAGGGAGGGAGGGAGGGGGUCUCUGCAUGCUAGCUUAGUAGAGGGGAGUAUGUUCCGCUCUUAUCUGUAUGUAUGGUAGAAAUACACUGUAAAAAGAGUAAAUAUGUAAACGGAAUAAAUGUUAAACGGGUGGGAGAGUGAGAGAAAUAUUAUUAAAGUUGAGAGGUUUUUUGAGUUUAAGUACAAGGAGGGGGACAGACAGGUGGGAGGGUCCUCCACACAGACACGUGCUCUACUGAAGAAGCCUUACUUGAUGUGAAGAUAUCAACUGAGCCAAAAAGAAACUAACAACAAAUACACAACUUACAAUGGAGAAAGAGACGGGCAGCGAUAUGAUAAACACAUGACCAUAUACAUCCAGUAACUGAAGCAGUUAAAGCUUAACAAACCUGAAGAAACUCCUAGCCUUAAACAUGCUUUUUAUCAGUGUCUGUUAUGUUUACCUGAGUGCAAAUGACAAAAAAAACCCACUGUAAAUGCGCAGAUACAUGCAUUCUUGUAUGCAUAGGAUGGACUUGAAUUUAAAUACAGAAAUAAAUGAGGUGCUACUGUUUGCAAUCCCAUGACUUUACUCAUCAUGAACGAUUUCCCAGCAGUAUUUGCUCAAUAAAUGUCAUAAUGAAGUAAAAAAAAAA